UUGUUUACCGUAAUUAAUGUAAACAACAACAACGAUGGGACGGAAAUAGAACAUGUAGUUGGAAAUAUUUUAGAAGUCUGCAUGCGAUGUUAUCGGGGAGACACAAGUAAGUAACGCUAUUUUCGUUCCUGAUUUUCUUUAUAUUUAUCUUAAACAAGUCCAUAGGAUUCGCUUUGAUUCUUGUUUCAAAAAAUAUUUCGUUUCCAUUUUAUCAAAUUGCCCCUACAAUGCGACACCUCCCGAAACAUACGGAGACGCCAUGCAUCAGAUGGGCAUGACGGUGAAUGUUGUACGAAAUCUACAACAGCUUAAUUCAUAUAGAGUUGUAUAUGAAACUCGCGAUCGGUGAAUAUUUCUUAUGGAAAUAAAAUGAAGAAAUAAGUGAGAAUAUAACCUAAGGUGAGAAAAUAGAGAGCAGAUAUUAUUGAACUCUCACAUACGCUAUUUAGGCUAUUUAGAUUGUAUGUGUAACGAAUGCUCUUUUAUUGUACCAUUUUAAAAUUUAAAACAUUAAACAUGAGUUUAUCAAUAUUUGUGCAGACAGGAUUAAUUAAACAGGAGGAGAGUUGGUUUUCUUUUAACUGUGUCAUUGAAACGUUUAAGAAAGAAAAGAGAAAAGAAAAAGAAAGAAAAAAAAAUGAACGAAAAACACCGAUUCGGAAAUUCUUCGGCAUUGAUGUCGUUAUGUAAUUAUACAUUGUGCAACUUAACGUUUUAGAGGUAUAAUAUCUUAUCCUUGAUGAUUGGGAUAAAAAGCCCAUUCAGUCGUACCGACUCCGCAGUCCAGCUCCUCAACAACCUCAUUUAAAAACAACCUUUAGCAUGUUCGCUGCUCCUUCCUGAUAGUCACUCAGACAAUGAAUGGUUUUCACUGUAAUCAUGUUUGGGCGAUAGAUGGGUUUCGACAUGGAUGCGUUUCAUGUUAUAAUUAAAAACUUCUUUCGCGGCAGGAGAGGAACUAUUUUGUUCCAUUGCUUCGUAUGAAUGUGGAUUCUGAAUAGGAUGACUGCGAUGUAAGCUUUCAUUACUUGGAUGUGUCUACACAGCCGAUGAACAGUUUGCGUCAAAAUGAUGUCCUCAGACCUUGAACUUCAAAACCAUAGCUUGUACAAUUUCUCACUGGACACGGACUCCUACGUGGACUUAGAUCCGAAGUGUUUUGAAGAGAUCAAUGGGACUAUUUUCUACAAUCCAUGUCUAUGUAUUCAAGACACAUAUCCAUCCAUCAAUGAAACACAAAAUCCAGGAUAUGUGACAAUCUUUUCCAUCUUAGCACCUAUUAUUUCCGCAAUCGGAAUCGUUGGGAUCAUUCUGACCAUUAUCGUUCUCUCUCGGAAGAGUCUGUGCACAUCCACUAAUUGCUAUCUCAUCGCAUUAUCUGCCGCUGAUCUUGGAUUCCUGGUGGUUUUGUUUCCACGGUUUUUUGAGCGUUUUCUCACCAACGAAAGGCAAGGUUACCUUUUUGGGAUAUUUUUCAAUUACGUUCUGAGGAUCCUCUUGACGAUGUUUCUCAGCGCCUCCGUGUGGAUUAACGUCGUGCUUGCUGCGGAGCGAUAUGUUGCUAUUGUUCACCCUUUACGGGCGAAUAUGAUUUGCUCGAUCAAAAGGGCACGAUUUGUAAUAACUGCAGUCUUUGUGUAUUCCUUUGUCAUCCGUAUACCCUAUUUCUUCGAGUACAAAAUUGAGACUAAUACGUAUGAGCCUAGUUGCGGGGGACCUUCUAUCACUUACUCACACACGGUGCCGUGGCUACUCGUGGACCCUAAAGACAAAGAAAUCUAUCGAUGGAUUGUAGAUUGUACUUUAUCAGCCAUUCUGCCAUUCUUAUUCUUAUUAGUACUAAAUACAAGACUGAUUUAUGAAAUCCGAAUUUCUACAAAAUACAUCAGAAACAAUGUUGGACUGGAUCAUUCGAUGCAAAGAGUGUUAUCAAAUGAGCAACUGAAAAUCUCAGUGAUGCUUGUGUGCUUGAUAAUCAUCUUCUUUGUAUGUGAGGCCCCUUAUGUCGUCAUGAAUGCUUUUCUGGACAAAAGCAGCAUUGAUAGACACACAUUUUAUAUCUUUUGGUACAUUUCUAUUUUCCUUAUGCCGCUUAAGUCGACAUUCAAUUUCAUACUGUAUUGUUGGUUCAGUGAAAGAUUUUGGGAGACACUAAAACAGAAACUGUGCUUUAAACUCUGUAACAAUAGUGGCAGAAAUUUCAGUACAUCGAGGACGUCCAAUUUUAGUGGAAUAUUGAUGACGUCAAAUGGAAGUAAGCGACGCCAUGAUCUGCCGGAGCACGUAGUUUAAUGAAUAAUGCAUCUUUUUAGAUGUUCCGAUAUUACCACAAUUAUAUAUGUGUAACAAGCUUUAAUCCCAGUAUAAUAGAACGCUAGAAGGAACAAUGACUCUGAUUGUCUGUUACCAAAUAUCAUGUAUUGCAUGAAAUCAGGUCCAAAAAAAUCCUGUGCACUGUGAAAUCGGAGUUUGUUAAACUGUACAUUUUUGAUAUUGGUGACGUUUUCUGUACAGAGAUAUUGAUAUGCACAAACUAUAGGGACACUGCAUAUGUAAUAAUUGGAAUUCUAUGGUGGAUUUAUCGUGUCUCUGUUUGAAUUUAAUUACAGCAUGUUAGAUAUACUACAUAGUAUAUAAAACUUGUACCCCAUUCCCCCUCAUGCAAGUGACAGGCUGACGGUAUAUGAAAUCGACAUUUUCCACCACGUGACCGACUGACGAUGAAAACCGCGUAUUCCACCACGUGACCGAAUGACGGUGAAAACCACGUAUUCCACCACGUGACCGAUUGAUGGUAAAUGAAAUCCAUGUUUCUCCCCACGUGACCGACUGACGGUACAUGAAAUCCAUGUUUUCCCCAUGUGACCGACUGACAGUAUUUUUGAGAGAUGUCAUAAUGAAUUUGUUCCGAGUGUAUCCCACAUCACCAAAGGGUGUGAAUACUUUAAUCACGGAGUCCUUUCAUGUCUUUUUGCCCAUGGACUCCAUUCGCGAACCGAGUACAUUUCCAAAACAUCCCUAUAGAACUGACUACUACAUAGCUAAGAUGUAUGCCGCCUUUGCUCAGAAUCGUACAUUUCCGUUGAACGACCAGAUUGUUGCUCGAUUCAGUAUCAUUUCACCAACUGACUUUAUAUGAAAUCCAUAUCCAUCUCCUUCCAUGUUCUAUGUGACCAACUGACAUUAUCUCAAAUCACACACACACCCUUCACGUGACCCACUGACAGGAAGUAUAUAUAUAUAUAUAUAUAUAUAUGGAACCCAUAUGGUAUGCAUAUCAUGAGUGAUGUUAUGAUAACGUUACUAAGACUUUUAAAGAUUAUCCAAAAUGUUACGUACUGAGACUGCUUUACGCGUCAGCAUUAAAGUCUUCGAUAAGAGGAUUUUGUUGUUACUGAUGUAGUGUAGGAGUUUUUUGGUGUCCCUAGUAGAAAAAUGGGCUCGUCUACACGUGUUGCAAAAUGUAUUUUUUUGUUCCAAUGUAUCCAUAUAUUUUCAUAUUAUCCUUCUACGCUAUUACAUGAAAUAAUCUAUCAUUUCUUUGCAUUUUAUGAUACUGUUUAUAGAUGUGAACAAUGUAUAUAGUGACCAUUGAACAUAACAUACAAAAUAAAUUCAGAAAACUCAAAAAAAAA